AUGUUGGCCAUCGGUAUCUUCAUGAACAACGAGGUUGGGCUUGAUGGACAUUGGUUCACCAGAAAUAUCGCCACCGCCCUAGGAUACUACGCUUUUCAAUCCGGUGCAUAUACCCACGAAGUUCUGGGUGAUUUAAUUACGAAAGCUCUCCUCAGAGGGGCUCUCAUUGUCCUGACUACCAUACACGCUCAAGAUUUUCAAGAUGUACCUGGAGAUCGCAUUCAGGGCCGUAAAACGUUACCUAUUGUAGCGCCUGUGGGGAGCAGGAUAAGCAUGAUCCUGUUUCUCCUGACGUGGUCGAUGUGGCUGGGGGCGCUAUCAACUGCGCUUUCUCAUAUUUUCCUGCUAUCGGCUGCGGUAAUAGUGGGAAGUCGCUUCCUCUUGUUUCGCAGUGUCCCUUCAGACCGUCUCUCUUACAUCCUUUACAAUCACAAAUUCAACUAUUCCAUCGUGCUUGACAGUGAGACGGAGUUUAUAAAUUGGGGGCGAUUCGCGGUUUGGAUGACCUGUUCCGUAAAAUUUCAUCAGGGCCCAGAUGCAAUGGCCUUCGAUGGCGGGAUGGUCUCUUCAGUCUCCGCAGCGGACUCGCUCCUCACCAAUCGUCACACCCUCAACAUAAUCGCCAACCUUCUAGGCUUUCGCUUUGACCCGAAAAAUUAGAUGCCCACAGCAGCCUAGCCGAGACGCAUGUCGGGAUAACUACUCAUUGCUUAAAGAACAGUUUCUAGGGCCUCGCCAGCCGAGGUGCUCCGCGGGGAAGUAGUGUUGCACCAAUUCGCGCUGCAGCUUAGCAAAGCGCCUCUGUGAGGCCCUGAUUCUCAUGUGUGAACCACGGCUAUUUAGCAGGGGGAGUUCCCUUUGGCAGCGGCGGGGGCUAGAGGCCAUUCAGCGCUAAAUCGCCGGUGAAACAGGCUAAGUAGCUUCUUAGGCAUCAUGUCCUCACCUCUCACCUCUUUCGAAUUUCUCCCUUGCCAUCAUCCGGGAUCAAUUCAUGGUUCCAU